AUCGAUGGAAAAAAAAAAUCAAAGUCCAUCCUAAGCACAAUUUGGGGAAAAAAUCGGUUAACAGUUUUCAAUGGAAAGUGUUCAUUAAAUAUAUAGAGAAUCCAAGAUUCUUAUACUCUACAUUGUUUUCUCAGGCAACACUCCGAUUUUCUGUGAAGUUCUUGUUCCUCUUUCACCUCAAUCAAUCAACACAGAAGAAAUGGAGUUUCGGAAGAUAAAGGUUGACAACCCCAUCGUCGAAAUGGACGGAGAUGAAAUGACACGAGUAAUUUGGAAAUUGAUAAAAGAUAAGCUUAUUUUCCCAUUUUUGGAGCUCGAUAUUAAGUAUUUUGACCUUGGCCUUCCUCAUCGGGAUGCCACUAAUGAUAGAGUUACCAUUGAAAGUGCUGAAGCUACACUCAAGUAUAAUGUAGCUAUCAAGUGUGCAACUAUAACUCCAGAUGAAGCUCGUGUCAAGGAGUUUAACUUGAAACAAAUGUGGAAGAGCCCAAAUGGGACAAUUCGUAACAUUUUAAAUGGUACAGUUUUUAGAGAACCGAUUAUCUGCAAAAAUGUUCCUCGUCUUGUUUCAGGCUGGACAAAGCCAAUAUGCAUUGGAAGACAUGCAUUCGGUGACCAAUAUCGGGCAACUGAUACAAUUAUAAGAGGACCAGGAAAGCUAAAAUUGGUGUUUGAACCUAGUGGACAUGAAGAAAUUAAAGAUCUAGAAGUUUAUAACUUCGAUGGUGCUGGAGGUGUAGCUUUGUCCAUGUAUAAUACUGAUGAGUCCAUUCAAGCUUUUGCUGAGGCCUCGAUGAACAUUGCUUACCAGAAAAAAUGGCCUCUCUAUCUUAGCACUAAAAAUACCAUUCUCAAGAAAUAUGAUGGAAGAUUCAAGGACAUUUUCCAGGAAGUUUUUGACACACAAUGGAGUCAAAAGUUCAAAGCUGCAGGGAUAUGGUAUGAACACCGUCUUAUAGAUGAUAUGGUUGCGUAUUCUCUUAAAAGUGAUGGAGGUUAUGUAUGGGCCUGCAAGAAUUAUGAUGGGGAUGUGCAAAGUGAUUUCAUAGCUCAAGGAUUUGGUUCUCUUGGCUUGAUGUCAUCAAUACUGGUUUGUCCAGAUGGGAAAACCAUUGAAUCAGAGGCAGCCCAUGGCACUGUUACCCGUCAUUAUCGAGUUCAUCAGAAGGGAGGUGAAACCAGCACAAACAGUAUUGCUUCAAUUUUUGCCUGGUCGCGAGGUCUUGCACAUAGGGCAAAGUUGGAUGGAAAUGCUAGAUUGUCGGACUUUACUGAGAAACUGGAAACAGCAUGCAUUGGAACAGUUGAAUUGGGAAAGAUGACAAAGGAUCUCGCGCUUCUUGUUCAUGGACCUAAGGUUUAUAGAUCCCAGUAUUUCAAUACUGAAGAGUUCAUUGAUGCCGUAGCGGAUCAGCUGAGAACAAGAUUAUCUACACAAGCGAAGCUAUAAAGUUCAAGAUGAAUGUGUCCAAUAAAAAAUAAGCUCAAAGGUUUCCAGCUAUCAUUUUAUUGCUAAUGCCUUUGGAUUAAAACUAUAGAUUCAUCUUUACCCAGAGUUUCAAAUUGUUGUUACACCUGCGGCGAAGCCAGAAUUUUUGUUUAAAGGAGACCAAGACUAAAGAGUAUAUUACUUAGUAAAAAAUUAUAAAAUAGCCCAUGCAAAUUUGAUA